CGGGGAACCACGGGAUGUCACAGUAUUAACUUUUGAUAAACGUACAAAAUAAAUGGAGAGGAAGACUCGAAGAAGUAGAAGAGGUUCUUGUUACGUCUAUGGACUUCAUCGAUUUUGAUGGUUGGUCUGAAUAUAAUUCCUAAAUCCACCUUCCUAAAUUAUAGAUCUCUUUACACACAGGAUUUGUUGAUAUAUUUCCUGAUCAAAAAUGCCACAAUUACCACGAAUUACAAGAUCAUUACGAAUGUUUACAAAUCUUGGACGUAUUAAAAGUGUAAUUGAACUAGAACCAAAUGAUUUAUUAAAAAAACAAAAGGAACAACAGAACAAGUUAAAAAGUGAGUUCGACUGGCAAGAAUUUUGUAAAUUUAUACCCAACAGUGUUCUACCCUAUUUUAAUAAGUUACGUCAAAUUGCUACAAAAGUGCUUGAGGAAUGUCCUUCUGAACUCAUUGAUGAAUUCAUAUACUUUACUUUACAAUUAUUAAUCAAUGAUGAAUUGUUAUCACAAACAAAGUUUAAGAUGUUAAAGGCAAAAGCAGGAAAUUUAACAUUAUCAGAUGCUGAUAAUAUGCUUCAGAUAAUUAUAACAAUUCGCAAAGAAUUAAGUGAAGAUCUUUUAACACUUAUAAAAAACAGAAAGGCAAUUACUGAUGAUAUUGAAAUAUCAGAAAAUGAUUUGUUUGGUCCAAAAUUUGAGUAUAAAUCUGCAAGAGUAUUAUGGCCAGGUACUGAAACACUUCGCAGCAUGUCUCUAGGGAGUGUAAUUCAAAGCACUGACGAUUUUACAAUGGAAUAUAAGAAUAAAGAUACAAAACCAUUAAAAAUUGAUUUUAUUGAUAAAUUAAAAAAUCCUACAAAUUUAGAAAAUGAAUUACUUGAUUUCCUGGGUUGCGAAUAUAUUGAACUUAUACAAUAUAUUAUUCAACAUCAAAAAAGUAUUAUAUCUUUGAAUUCUGGUCCAAAAGUACAAAAACAAUUUAAUGUUCAGAGACCUGUAAUCAGUGGUCAAAUAACUAUACAAUCUGCAAAAGAAAAACAGUUAUUGAAGCAAAUACGAAAAGGAGAAAAGAAAUUAAAUAAGAUAUCAAGUAAACGAGAAGGAAAAGGAGAUUUAGAAGAAAAUGACUUUGAACCUUUUCUUGAACUAAGUUUAAAAAAGCAGGAAGCAUUAGUAGAAACGCGUAUGCCCAUAUUUAAAAAAGAUACUACUUCAUACAAAAAUAUACAAAAUAAUUUUCCUUAUGUAUUUGACUCCAAUAUAUCCAGUAGAACUACACCUGGUUAUGUAUCGCAACAUAAAGUAAUGUUACCACAAAAUAAUGUGCGAAAAAACACAGAAAUGUUUGAGGAAAUUUCUAUACCUAUUACACAAACUGAACCAAUAGAAAUCAGUUACGAACCUGUUAUGAUAGCUUCCUUAGAUGAUAUCGGACGCAUGGCUUUCGGUGAUGUUGUUUCAUUAAAUCGAAUACAAAGUAUAGUAUUUGAUACAGCAUAUCAUACUAAUGAAAAUUUAUUAAUUUGUGCGCCAACGGGAGCUGGAAAGACUAAUGUUGCUAUGUUAACUGUAGUCCAUCAAUUAAAGCAACACAUUAAAGAUGGUCAAUUAAUGAGAAAUCAAUUUAAAAUAAUUUAUAUAACACCAAUGAAAGCUUUAGCAGCUGAAAUGACAGCAAAUUUUGGUAAAAGACUUCAGUGUCUAGGUAUAUCAGUUCGUGAAUUGACUGGAGAUAUGCAAUUAACUAAAUCAGAAAUUCAAGAAACACAAAUGAUUGUUACCACACCAGAAAAAUGGGAUGUUGUUACUAGGAAAGGUACUGGAGAUAUCUCUCUCACUAGUAUUGUGAAGUUAUUAAUUAUCGAUGAAGUACAUUUAUUACACGGUGACAGAGGACCUGUUGUUGAAGCGUUAGUUGCUCGAACUUUAAGACAAGUAGAAUCUUCACAAAGCAUGAUUAGAAUUGUUGGACUUUCAGCAACUUUACCAAAUUACUUAGAUGUUGCAAGAUUUUUAAGAGUGAAUCCAUAUGUAGGACUUUUUUAUUUCGACCAUCGAUUUCGACCAGUACCACUUAGUCAGACAUUUAUUGGUGUAAAAUCAACAACACCUUUGCAAGAAAUGAAUCGUAUGGAUUGCGUAUGUUAUGAAAAUGUUGUAGAUAUAUUACGUAAAGGACAUCAAGUAAUGGUAUUUGUACACGCACGUAAUGCUACCGUUAAAGUGGCAAAUGCACUAAUAGAGUUAGCAAACCAACGUGGUACAAUUCAGCUAUUUAUGCCUAAUAGUCAGGCAUCAUAUACAAAUAAACCUUUUGCUAAAUCGCGUAAUAGACACCUAACUGAAUUAUUUCAUAAAGGAUUAUCAGUACAUCAUGCUGGCUUAUUGCGAUCAGAGAGAAAUUUAGUUGAAAAAUAUUUUGCACAAGGAUUAAUUAAAGUAUUAGUAUGUACAUCAACAUUGGCUUGGGGUGUAAAUUUACCUGCACAUGCAGUUAUUAUAAGAGGAACAGAAAUAUAUGAUUCAAAGCAUGGUUCUUUCAUUGAUUUGGGUAUAUUAGAUGUUUUACAAAUUUUUGGUCGUGCUGGUAGACCACAGUUUGAUGCAUCUGGUCAUGCUGUUAUUAUUACUUCAUAUAAUAAAUUAUAUCAGUAUUUAUCAUUAUUAACAAAUCAAUUACCUAUUGAGAGUAGUUUCAUUACAUAUUUGGCUGAUAAUUUAAAUGCUGAAAUUGCGCUAGGUACAAUUUCAAAUGUAGAAGAAGCUGUAGAAUGGUUAAGUUACACUUAUUUAUUUGUUCGAAUGAAGUUAAAUUAUCAAGUCUAUGGAAUUCCUUAUCAAGAAAUUGCGGAAGAUCCGAAUUUAGAACGAAAAAGGAGAGAAUUAAUUGAUACAGCAGCUAAAGCAUUAGAUAAGGCUAAAAUGAUUCGGUACAAUACAUUAAAUCAGAGCCUCAAUACCACAGACUUAGGACGUAUUGCGAGUCACUUUUAUCUUAAAUAUGAUACUAUUGAGAUUUUCAAUAGUCUUAUAAAACCAAUUAUGACUGAAGCAGAUAUAUUUGCUAUGAUAUCUCAGUCUCAAGAAUUUGAACAGUUGAAAGUGCGAGAAGACGAAAUGAAAGAGUUGGAAGAUUUAACUGAAAAGUACUGUGAACUUAUAGUUCUGGGUGGUAUAGAAAAUAUACAUGGUAAAGUGAAUAUUUUAUUGCAGACAUAUUUAUCACAUGGCCGAGUUAAUUCAUUUUCAUUAAUAUCAGACCAAGCAUAUAUUAUACAAAAUGCAGUACGUAUAUGUCGAGCAUUGUUUAAAAUUAUGCUGGGACAAAACAAUGCAAUAAUGGCAGGACGUUUAUUAGAAAUGGCAAAAAUGCUGGAAAUGCAACAAUGGAGUCAUACAAAUCCUCUGUGUCAGUUUUUAUGUUUAUCUUCAGAAGUUAUUGAUAAAAUAGAACAAUAUGAUUUGACAAUUGAUAGAUUAAAUGAUAUGAAUGUUAAAGAAAUUGGAGAUAUUUUGCGUAAUCAUAAUACAGCAGAAUUGGUGAAAAGGUGUUGUGAAGAAUUACCUGCAUUAGAAAUGGAAUCUAAUUUACAACCAAUUACCCGCACAGUUUUAAGAAUACGUUUAAAGAUAUACCCUCAAUUUCGGUGGAAUGACAAGGUUCAUGGUAGAACAUCACAACCUUUUUGGAUAUGGAUAGAAGAUCCAGAUACUAACUUUCUUUAUCAUUAUGAAUACUUUGUCAUGACAAGAAAAAUGGUUUUUAACAAUCUUGAACAAGAACUUGUAAUGACUAUACCAUUACAGGAACCAUUGCCUUCUCAAUAUAUAAUAAAAGCAACAAGUGAUCACUGGUUGGGUUGUGAAAAUAUGUUACCUCUAACAUUUCAUGACUUAAUUUUACCUGAAAUAUAUCCACCACAUACGAAUUUGUUAGAGUUAAAACCACUAUCAGUAAAAGCAUUAAAAGAACCAUCUUUUGAGAAACUUUAUAAAUUUUCUCAUUUUAAUCCAAUACAAACACAAAUCUUUCAUUGUUUGUAUCAUACAGACAAUAAUGUUCUUUUGGGAGCUCCAACAGGUUCAGGAAAAACAAUUGCGGCCGAAAUUGCUAUGUUUAGAGUAUUUAAACAAUAUCCCACACAAAAAGUUAUAUAUAUUGCACCAUUGAAAGCUUUAGUUAGAGAACGAAUGAAAGACUGGAAACUUAGAUUCGAAGAACAGUUGGGAAAAAAGAUAAUAGAACUGACUGGAGAUGUAUCACCAGAUAUUAAAGUUAUAGCAAGUGCGAACGUUAUUGUGACUACACCAGAGAAAUGGGAUGGUAUUAGUAGAAGUUGGCAAACAAGAACUUAUGUUAAAAAUGUUGCACUUAUCAUUAUAGACGAAAUUCAUCUAUUAGGCGAAGAUCGUGGUCCUGUAUUGGAAGUUAUUGUUUCAAGAACUAAUUUUAUCUCUUGUCACACUUCUAAAAAAUUAAGAGUUGUUGGACUUUCUACAGCAUUAGCCAAUGCAAUCGAUUUAGCUAAUUGGCUUGAUAUCAGAGAAAUGGGUCUAUAUAAUUUCCGUCCCUCUGUUCGACCUGUACCAUUAGAAAUUCAUAUAAAUGGAUUUCCAGAAAAAAAUUAUUGUCCUCGAAUGGCAACAAUGAAUAGACCAACUUUUCAAGCUAUUAAACAACAUGCACCAUCUAGUCCUUCUUUAGUGUUUGUUUCAUCGCGUAAACAAACGCGUAUAACUGCGUUAGAUUUAAUUGCAUAUCUUGUAGCAGAAGUUAAUCCUAAACAGUGGUUAAAUAUGCUUGAAGAAGAGUUGAACAGCAUUUUAGAUCAUUUACGAGAUUCCGAUUUGAAGCUUACUCUUGCUUUUGGAAUUGGACUUCAUCAUGCUGGUCUUCAAGAUAAAGAUAGAAAGAUUGUUGAAGAAUUGUUUGUCAAUAAUAAAAUUCAGGUACAAUAUACUUCCUGUAAAUUGGCUUGGGGUGUAAAUUUCCCUGCUCAUUUGGUAGUAAUAAAGGGAACAGAAUACUAUGAUGGUAAAAGAAAACGUUAUGUAGAUAUGCCGAUCACGGAUGUGCUUCAAAUGAUGGGUCGUGCAGGCAGACCUCAAUUUGAUGUUUCGGGAGUGGCAGUAGUUCUAGUACAUGAUUUGAAAAAAAAUUUUUAUAAAAAAUUUUUGCAUCAACCAUUUCCAGUAGAAUCAAGUUUAUUGGCUGUCUUACCAGAUCACAUAAAUGCUGAAAUUGUGGCUGGUACAAUUAAAAAUAAACAAGAAUUUUUAGAUUAUUUAACAUGGACCUAUUUCUUUAGAAGAUUAAUGAAAAAUCCCAAAUAUUAUGAUCUAAAUGCUUUAGAACCUCUUGCAAUUAACCAGUACUUAUCUUCACUGGUGGACAAUACAUUAAAAGUAUUAAUGGAUUCACAUUGCAUAGACUUUAAUGAGGAAGAACAAAUUUUAUAUCCACUUUCAAUGGGUAAAAUAGCAUCAUUUUAUUAUUUAUCAUAUCAUACUAUGUUAAUGUUUGAGCAAUCAUUACAAGAAUGUCUUACAUUGGAACAGUGUCUACACAUUUUAUGUAAUUCUUAUGAAUACAAUGAAUUACCAGUUAGGCACAAUGAAGAAUUAUUAAAUGAGGAACUAAGCAAAAUGUGUCGUUACCAAGUAGAUAACUACUCAUAUAAUUCUCCACAUACCAAAACUUUCCUGUUACUUCAAGCUCAUUUCUCAAGACUUCCUUUACCAUGUUCAGAUUACAUUACUGAUUUGAAAUUGGUUCUUGAUCAAGCAAUUAGAAUUAUCCAAGCAAUGAUAGAUACAGUUGCAGAACAAGGAUGGUUAGCAAGUGCACUUAUGAUAAUGCAUCUACUUCAGAUGAUUAUUCAAGCUCGAUGGAUUGAUGAAUCUGCUAUUACUACAUUACCACAUGUAAAUUCAGAAUAUUUACAGUUAUUUUCAACUUUGUCACUAAUUCUCCCAAGGCUAUGUGCUGUUGCACAUAGUAAAUAUAAUUUACUUGUAGAAGUUCUUAGUAAAGAACUUCAACAGGAACACAUCUAUCAGAUACAUCAAGUACUAAAAGAAAUGCCAAUACUCAUUAUUGACUUAAGUUUAGAAGGUCACGAUGAAAAAAAGAAAAAGUUUAUAUCGUUACAAUCUGAGAGUUUUGAUUACAUAGAUAUCCAUAAAAAUCAAGAUUAUAUACUAAAUAUUGGGAUGAAGAGAAAAAAUAAGACUAUUAAUCUGAAAGUACACUGUCCCAUGUUUCAGAAAGGAAAGGAUGAAGGUUGGUUUCUCGUUUUAGGUAAUGUUUCUAAUAAGGAAUUACUAGCUCUGAAACGAGCAUCUGGAGUAAAUGAACAACGCAAAUGUCAUCAAUUACAAUUCACAUCACCGCCAGAAUUAGGUCGAACAACUCUAACAUUUUAUUUGAUGUCUGAUUGCUACAUAGGACUGGAUCAACAAUAUGAUAUAAAAGUAAAUGUAAUACCUUAA